AUGUUUUAUGUUGUAUUGGUCAAAGACUUUGAUGAUAUCCUCCAAAGCAGAAACAAAGGCCCAACAACGGCAGUGACAGCCACAUCAGCGCCAACUGCACUUUCUAUAUCAUCCAAAAUGAAGAAGACAAUAAGUAGGGGCAACAGCUCUGUGACUUCUGAGCCAGUUCAACUUGAUAAUGGGAAAUGGGCAUGCAACCACCGAUGCAAAGACAAAACAGCAGAAGGUACAGACCAGCCUCCAAAGCAAAGCAAGAAGCAAGUUACAGAGGCGUCUAAUAAGCGGCCUCAGUCGGGUAACUGCGAGGCGAAGUCUAAAAUAUCCAAAGACAACAUCAAGCUAGAGCGUCAAGUUGAAGUAAUUGACCUGACGAAGCCAGAACCUACUAAGAAGAAACUAACCAGUGGGGUGAGGGCAGAAAAAUCGUCAAGCAAGCGAAAAGAUAGGGACGAAACGCCCACAUUGCAUCAUUCAUAUAGUCGGAGAACUCCUUCCCCGCUAUCGGAUGACACGCUAGAUCCAUUACAACUGCCCUUACCAGUAAGGAAAGUAAAGGCCAUGAAAUAUACCUUAUCCGAUGGAGAUGAUUUUGAAGAGUUUGAAUCUUUGAUGGGAGAUUUUGAGAGCUCCCCUACCAAAAAUAACAUCCCCGCCGAGAAAGAAACAAGUCAAACUUCAGAACAUCGCUCCCCGACCAAUAAUGCAGAUUUUGAGGACUCUAGAGACUUGUUUGGCGAGGACGAUGCCAUGGACGAUGACGCCCUAAAUCACGUCAAUGAUAAAUCUAUGGAGGUUAUGUCCUUCAAGAACCUGGAUGAUACCCCCUGCAUCUACUCUUCCCAGAAAAAGGACUGUGAAGGAACUGUACCUGCAAUUCAAAGACAUAAAGCGGACCUGUUGCCAUUACAGGCCCAGUCAUUGCAAUACAAUGUUGAUGUAUUGCCCACCGACCAGGGUGUAGAAGACGACAACUUAUUCCUGACAAACCCUCCUACUCCAACAAAAGGUAUACCUGAUACGAAAGUGAGUGGUAAAGAAAACCUGGACAUUUUUAAAUUGGUACCGUCCAAGAGGAGAAUAUCAGAUUUGACAGCUACUGAAAUACCCUUAGCCGAGGGUAAUAUUGUCGAUAUACAACACCAGAAAGGCAGCCCACGAUCUGAGCAUCCGAGACAAAUUGAUCCAUUGCUCCUAGAGGAGUUUGGAGCUGUUGCAGAGUUUUACUAA